CGGUGGCAUGCAAUGCUGAAUACCCUCUUCUACAUAACACAUCCUGUUGAGGGACACGGGCCUCUAAAUUCUCAAGAAACAGCAGAGAGAACCUGGAGAUGCUAGAUGGCGACCUCGUGCCAUGACUCUAUGCACGCGCCCGACUCGUAUGUCAUCCCCGACCAUUGCGAGAGACCUUACAGGUCAGGUCCGCCUGAUAGGUGCCUAUGCGGUUGCGCACGGGGGUAACAGCGACAUCUGGAAGGGCGAGUGCAAAAGUCAGGACAAUCCUCUCUGCCAAGUUGUUGCCGUCAAAGUAAUCAAGUCUCACCUCCUGCCAGACAAGGCAGCAGAGGCCAGCUAUAAGUUGCGCAGGGAAGCCCGAGUAUGGGCAACAUUGUUGCAUCCCAACAUUGCCCCUUUGCUAGGUAUAGCAUCUGACCUGUCAAAGUACGGCGGACCCUCCCUCGUGUCGCCCUGGUAUCCAAAUGGCAAUCUAAAGCAACACAUGCUCCUAAAUCACUCCCACCUUUCGUUCAGACAAAGGCUCGAAAUGCUGUACCAGCUUGGCAAUGGACUCCAGUACUUGCAUACCUCCAACGUGGUACACGGAGACCUGAAACCGGGAAAUGUUUUGAUAGGCGACAGUGGCGAAGUCGUCAUCACGGACUUCGGUCUAUCACGCAUACUCGAAGUUGCAGGCUUCACGACGAACAACAUUCAUGGUACAGUCCGAUACUUCGCUCCCGAACUGUGCAUUAUUCAUUCGGAUCGGCCUUCUCGAACGACAAAAGAGGCGGAUGUUUGGGCUCUUGCAGUCACUGCCACAGAGAUGUUCUCGCUGAGGACACCAUAUGAAGGAGCGACAGAGGCUGCUGUGGUGUUGUACGUCUCAAGGGACAAGGGACACUUGAAGAGGGAGCAUUACAACGAGAUCACUGAUAACGAUUUAUGGUCCUUGCUAGAGAGGUGCUGGAGGUUCGAGCCUAAUAGGCGACCAACCAUGGACGGCAUCAAUGAAUUUUUGAGGAUAAAGAGGAACGCAUAUGAUGCGAAGCGACACAGACAGGCAGGAUGCGGAGUACUAUUGUGAUACUACAACUUUGAUUUUCCACCAAUAAUGUAUCCUCCUUCCUCGAGCAGGACCUUCGCGAGAUGGCCCAAAACUGGGAACAAACGCGUAUGAAUAGAUGCUUUCUCAGAGCUAGCUUGGCGGAGCGCAAAGCGUGCAGCAAUGCCCUGUGAAAUGACAGCAGACUGCAAACACGUCAGAACAAAACGACGAUGUGUCAAGGGCCCACCUACCCGGAAAAGCAUCCAACUACGAGCGAAGCCCAUCUCCUUGAUGGGACAAGCUUGGUUGGUCAAGCGGCAGUACUCUCGCUCCAAUUCUUCUAAUGCAAUCGGCGCGUCUUCGGCUUCGUUUUUAAAUGAUGUGAUAAAGGUGAGUCGCUCGUCGACCAAAUCUGCCGGUACAUGUCUACUGUCAAUCGACCAAGGCUGAGUUAAAUUGGCCAAAUCCGCAAGCUAGUUCCUUUGGUCAGAUUAGACCGACGAUGAGCAGCAACAAUUC